AUGGAUGCGGACCUCCCCAAUGGCAAACGGUCCAGGGAGAUUGCCAAGCCGGGAGUUUUCGGACCCAGGAAGGGGAAUCCUCAGGGCGGCAAAGGCCGCGGUCGCGGUCACCGACAGUGGGGCCGGGGAGGAGGGCAGGGACCCAAGAUCUCGGACGGUACUUCCUUGGAAGAAUUGGUGCGCCUCAUGGCGCAGGUUCUACUUCGGCAAGGAGAUCAGGUACAGCGCCUGUCCUUAGACACCGGAUUCUUCCUGAUUCUUCAAACCCCUCCGCAACCAGGCUCGAUCACCAACACGAUGUUUCGGGUCACUUCGGCUUGGAAGAAGAUGAUGAAGGAAACCCCGGAAAAGCUCGACCGGCCUCUCCGCCGACACAUGAUCGAAUGCCUCUUCCUCGAGCUUGCGGCACGGGCUCAGUUGGUUCGGAAACAGGAGGCGAAAGCAGAGGCACAGCAACUGGGCAUCAUCAACGACAAAGGCGACUGGAACUACCGGAUCUGGAACGCCACGAGCCAGCAGUUGGAAGUCGACCAAAAGCGAAUGCCCCUGAAGGCGGACACAUUCCUGGAGCAGAUCGACAAAGCCACGGCGAUUGUGCGCCGACCGGAUGUGAUCACCCGCUUUCAGGCCAUUGCCCCACUCUCGGAGACGACGGAGAACGCCAGCAUUCCAUUUCUGUUGGACCUCAGUCUGAGGGAGCAGGAGCUUCACAUUAUGAUGUUGGAGUGGUGCGAGCUGGCGGUCUUCGAACUGCUAGCAGGGCUGCUUCAGCCCAUCUGCUAUGCUGGGCACAGGUUCGCAUGCACCCACCUGGGGCAGGUGCUCAGGGCUGUGCAAAAUGCUAAAGUGUCGAAGGCCCUCACCUUGCGCAACUUGGCUGCGUGGUCCAGCUUGGCAGAUCAGUGGUCGGAGCCCUAUCGGCAGCAUGACGCAGCCGAGUUCUUGCAGCAUGUUCUGAGUUCGGUCGAUUCCGUCCUCGCUCUGAGUCCAUGGGAGGCUUUUCCGGAUGGGGAUGAUGGAUCACUCACGCGUGAUCGGGGCUCUGGCGUUGUCCUCAUUCCCAUGCGUAGACCAGAUCAGCAAUUGCAUCCGGACAUCCAGGCCAGUGUGGACGACUGGCGCCAGCAAAGGCACCUUCAUGCGUUUCGCUCAGAUGCCGAGUGGGUUGUACUUCAGCUUGACCGUUUUAAGGGUCGUGGGGUCUUUCAGGUUCGUGACAAUGCUGCGCUGCCCAUUCCGGGUCGCCUAUGCUUGCCAGUGUGCACCUCUCGGCAUGCCGUGCAUCAUCAGAUUUAUCACACCACAGCUGUGGUGUUGCACUAUGGUGCUCAGGUGUCCUCGGGGCACUACCGUGUUUUGCUGAUGGGGCAGGGGUCGGGGAAUGCCGGUGCAAGUGCUGUGCAUUACAUCACGGAUGACGACCGUCAGGCUGUGCGUUGUGGAACAUCCGAGCUUGAGAAUUUGGGUCAGUGGGUUUCAUUAGUGUUUGUGUUCUACAUGUCGCGAGCGCUUGAUGUGACUGGCCAUGCAUUGUCUUCAGUGUCACAUGCGGCGGAUGCCGUGAUGACAUGUGGUGCUGCUGGGCAUUUGCACUUUCCUGGGCAAGCGCAGUGUGGUGAGACAUGGCAGCGUGUACUUCUGGGCAUGCCGGCUUCCUUGAUUCUUUCAGAUGAGACUUUGGCGAUGUACUUGGUCAUUCGUGGUAUACAGAUAUAUAUGAUUCGUGAUGCUGGUAUCCGUAUCUAUUUUGAGCAGUUUCCAGUGGGCUUGGAGCAUCGUCAUGCCAUCACUCGGCAGAUACUUGAGGAACUUGAGGGUGCUGAUAUGUGGCACCAGCUUGCAUUCUUUCGUUUGAUGCUGGAUGGAGAUCAUAAGGAAGAUUUCUUCGAGAUGGCAUAUACACUUAUUCUACAUCGCAUGCGGGAGGACCCUCGGCCGCUCCACUUGCUUGUUCGCGAAAGUGAAUACUCAUGGGCCUGGUGCGAUGCUCUGGCAUCUGAUGAGACCAGACUGCUCUCCACUGCUUCGGAUGUGGCUUCAGAUGUUGCUCCAACUGAGCGGGAUGUGGGUUCCGAUAUGUCUCAUGAUUCCUUCGACUCUUUUCUUUAUGACUCUGAGCUGUGA